UCAGUCUAAAAAAAGGAAGGGGACUAUAUCUAUGCCCUGGUAUUAUUUUAUCAGCAAACGAAACAGCAUAGAAUUGGAUGCAUUCUUGAUUGGUUGACUUGAUGCGGGCUCUCAAGGUCUUGAGGGACGGGGAACUGGCCUUGACUCAUCUACUAUCGCCUCAUAGGUUAAAACCCAGAUCAUCCUACAAUUUUCACACAUCCCCGCACCCAACUGCCCCUCACACAACCACUAUACCAGCAUACACCAAAAUGGCUUCAGACUCCAAAGGAAGUCCAGAUUGGACUGCUAAAAAUGUUCGGGACACCUUUCUUGAUUAUUUCAAGAAAAAUGGCCACACUUUCGUGCCCUCUUCUUCGGUUGCUCCUCUAUCGGAUCCCACUUUGCUAUUCACCAAUGCAGGGAUGAACCAGUAUAAAUCUAUUUUCCUAGGCACUGUGGAUCCGAAUUCCGAUUUCGCGAAGCUGAAAAGAGCUGUUAAUUCCCAAAAGUGCAUCCGUGCUGGCGGAAAACAUAACGACCUUGACGAUGUGGGCAAGGAUAGCUAUCAUCACACAUUCUUUGAAAUGCUUGGCAACUGGAGCUUUGGUGAUUAUUUCAAGAAAGAUGCGAUUCGCUACUCAUGGGAGCUUUUAACCGUAGUAUAUGGAUUGGACCCCCAGCGUCUCUAUGUCACUUAUUUUGAAGGCGACAAAGAGGGCGGCCUUGAGCCAGAUUUGGAAGCAAAGGGUAUUUGGAGGGAAGUCGGGGUCCCAGAAGAUCACAUUCUGCCAGGCAACAUGAAAGACAAUUUCUGGGAAAUGGGUGAUCAAGGUCCCUGUGGCCCUUGCUCUGAGAUUCAUUUUGACAGGAUCGGUGGCCGCAAUGCUGCCAAGCUUGUCAACGAGGACGAUCCCAAUGUUCUUGAAAUAUGGAACAACGUUUUCAUUCAGUACAAUCGCGAAUCCGACCGCUCCUUGAGGCCCCUGCCAAACAAGCAUGUCGACACGGGGAUGGGUUUCGAAAGGCUGGUUUCGGUCUUGCAAAAUAAACCUUCGAAUUACGACACCGAUGUCUUUACGCCACUUUUUGAAGCUAUCAGAACCGCAACUGGCGCCCGAGAAUAUCAAGGACUAUUUGGGAAUGAUGAUUCCGACGGUAUUGACACUGCUUACCGGGUUGUGGCUGAUCAUGUUCGAACACUAAUGUUCGCAAUUUCGGAUGACGUGAUUCCCAAUAACGAAGGACGGGGAUACGUCGUGCGGAGAGUAUUGCGCAGAGGUGCUCGAUACGCACGCAAAUAUUUCGGGGUCGAGAUUGGGGGCUUUUUCUCCAAACUUGUUCCAACGGUUGUUGAUCAACUUGGAGAGAUGUUCCCGGAAUUGGUGCUGAAACAAAAUGAUGUCAAGGAAAUACUUGACGAAGAAGAAAUUUCUUUUGCGAAGACUCUCGAUCGCGGCGAAAGGCAGUUCGAAACAUACGCCCAGCAGGCCAAACUCAAUGGCGGCGACAAACUAAACGGUGCCGAUGUUUGGAGACUUUACGAUACAUUCGGCUUUCCGGUGGAUUUGACUCGCAUCAUGGCAGAAGAGCGCGGGUUGCAGAUCGAUGACCUCGAGUUUGAACAAGCCCGUCUCAAGGCGAAAGAGGCGAGCAAGGGCGAGAAAAGGGCCGCAACUGGCACAGUCAAGCUGGAUGUCCAUGAUCUUGGAAAAUUGGAAAAUAUGAACGACGUCCCAAAAACGGAUGACUCGGCCAAAUUCGAGAGAGGAAACAUCACCGCUCAAAUCAAGGCGCUAUACCAUAAGAAUGCGUUUCACACAACUACGGAGGAAAUAUCGGAUGGAGAGCAAAUUGGUAUUAUCUUGGACCGUACAAAUUUCUAUGCGGAACAAGGUGGGCAAGAGAAUGAUACUGGCAGAAUUGUUAUCGACGGGAAGGCUGAAAUUGAAGUUGGUGACGUCCAGCUCUAUGCCGGCUAUGUCCUUCACACCGGCUUCAUGAAGUAUGGCGCCUUCGCGGUAGGCGACACUGUUAUCUCUGAGUAUGACGAAUUACGCCGCUGGCCGAUCCGCAAUAAUCAUACGGGUACCCACAUUCUCAACUUUGCCCUGAGAGAGGUUCUUGGAGAAGGGAUAGAACAGAAAGGAUCUCUUGUUGCACCAGAGAAGUUAAGGUUUGACUUCUCACACAAAGCAGCCGUCACCGAUGCAGAGUUGGAAAAGAUUGAGUCAAUUUCAACUGACUAUAUACGACAAAAUUGUGCUGUUUACUCACAGGAAGUCUCCCUUGCUGUUGCUCGCGAAAUAUCAGGCGUUCGGGCUGUUUUCGGAGAGACCUAUCCAGACCCUGUCCGCGUUGUUUCUGUUGGUGUGGAAUUGGAAGAGAUUCUGAAGAACGUCAAUGAUCCUCGUUGGAAAGAGGUUAGCAUCGAGUUUUGUGGAGGGACUCACGUUCAAAAAACCGGCGAUAUCAAGGACCUCGUCAUCAUAGAGGAGGCUGGAAUUGCGAAAGGUAUUCGCAGAAUGAUUGCAGUCACAGGCGAGGACGCUCAUGAAGUCCAACGACUAGCCAAAGACUUUGAGCAACGGUUGGAACGUCUACAGUCAAUGAGUCCGGGCCCAGAAAAGGAACAGGAGGCUAAACAGGUGCAAGUUGAGCUCAGUCGGCUAACGAUAUCUGCUGUGCACAAGUCAAGGCUUCGAGAACGUUUUGCAGCUAUCAACAAGCAAAUUCUUGACGGGCAGAAAGCGCAGCAGAAACUCGAUUCCAAGAGAGCACUUGAGACUGUGACAUCUUAUUUCCAGGCACCAGAGAACGCCGAGAAAUCGUGGCUCGUCGCUGAGCUCCCGAUUUCAGCCAAUUCGAAGGUUCUGAGCGAAACCCUCAACUAUGUCAAAUCAAAGAUGCAAGAUAAAACGGUGUACAUCUUGGCUGCAGAUCCUGACCAAGGGCGUGUUGCACAUGGCUGCCAUGUUUCGAAGGCUUUUUCGGAUCAGGGAGCUACAGCGAAUGACUGGGCGGCCGUUGUUUCCAGCGCAGUCGGAGGCAAGGCGGGGGGUAAAGGAGCCACUUGCAUUGGAAAUGGCAACAAUCCCGUCCAGGUUGAGGAGGCCAUUUCACUGGCGACUGAGUAUCUUGGUAAAUUCAAGAUUUAGUCCUUGUGCGUCGGUAUAUGGUCUAAUGAUAUAAAUGUCUCAUGUGGUUUGGUACAAUAUCAAACAGCUCGAAGGCCCGACCUCGCUUUUGUUUUCUUUUGGUUUGUUUGUUUGGAGCUAUGUCUACACGUAAUUUUACUGGGCUCAC